AAACUUCAGCUCUAGGGAUAUUCGGACCGCUAUGCUAACCGCGCCCCCCGAAACCGGCGCCCCUGAAAGAAGCCCCUCACCCGCGUCUGCCUCUGUGCUCAGUUUGGGCCGGGUCUCCGGGGCCUGGGGCCCGGCGCCUGGAACGGCGGGGACUGCGUCGGCCGGGAGAACCCAAGCAGGGGGCGGGGAGGGGGCGGGGGUCGGGCAACGUGGCCACGGGAGGAAGUUUCCUGAAGUUGUCCAUUUAUUCCGGAGCUGGGCCGGCGACCCGGCCGGAUCGCGGAGGCCGCCCUGCUUGGGCGGAGUCGGAGUUGGGGUGGUCAGAGAGAGGUGCCCCGAGUCCGAAAGGGCGGGUCUGCCUCUUUCUUUUUGCUCUCUCCUCUCCUUCCGGGCGCGCGGGCAGGAUCGGACUUGGGCAGAAGAGGCGGAGGAAAGGUUGGGGUCGCCAGCGCUGCCCCUCCCGGGCUUAUCACACCCGGGCCCGGAGCCUUGUGGACAGUCUCCCGGGACGAAGCCGCGGGGUGCCCGACCCCAUCAGGAUUAUAAAGCAGGGUGCCGGGGAGGAGGACCUGGAGGACCCCCCUCCAGGCUGGUCACCAUGUGGAGGCUGCUGAUCUGGACUCUGCUGGCUCUGCUGCAGAUCGGCCCGGCGGGAGCCCAAGAUGAUGUGUCCCCGUAUUUCAAGACAGAGCCUGUGCGGACGCAGGUCCACCUGGAAGGGAACCGCCUGGUGCUCACAUGCAUGGCCGAGGGCAGCUGGCCGCUAGAGUUCAAGUGGCUCCACAACAACAGGGAGCUGACCAAGUUCUCCCUGGAAUACAGAUACAUGAUCACCAGCCUGGACCGUGCACACGCGGGCUUCUACCGCUGCAUCGUGCGAAACCGGAUGGGGGCCCUGCUGCAGCGGCAGACGGAGGUCCAGGUGGCCUACAUGGGCAGCUUUGAGGAGGGCGAGAAGCGCCAGAGCGUGUCCCAUGGGGAGGCAGCAGUCCUCCGUGCCCCACGCAUCGCCAGCUUCCCCCGGCCGCAGGUGACCUGGUUCCGGGAUGGCCGCAAGAUUCCACCCAGCGGCCGCAUAGCCAUCACGCUGGAGAACACCCUUGUCAUCCUAUCCACUGUGGCUCCUGAUGCUGGCCGUUACUAUGUGCAGGCCGUUAAUGACAAGAAUGGUGAUAACAAGACCAGCCAGCCCAUCACUCUCGCCGUGGACAAUGUUGGGGGGCCUGCAGACCCCAUUGCACCCACCAUCAUCAUCCCUCCCAAGAACACCAGUGUGGUGGCUGGAACCUCGGAGGUCACCAUGGAGUGUGUGGCCAAUGCCAGACCCCUGAUCAAGCUGCACAUCAUUUGGAAGAAGGACGGGGCGCCACUGUCCAGCGGCAUCAGUGACUACAACCGCCGGCUCACGAUCCCCAACCCCACGGGCAGGGACGCCGGGUACUAUGAGUGCGAGGCCGUCCUGCGCAGUAGCAGCGUCCCGUCUGUGGUCCGGGGAGCCUACCUUUCCGUGUGGGAGCCGCCUCAGUUUGUCAAGGAGCCCGAGAGGCACAUCACGGCAGAAAUGGAGAAGGUGGUGGACAUCCCCUGUUGGGCCAAAGGUGUGCCGCCACCCACCAUCACCUGGUACAAAGACGCGGCCGUGGUAGAGGUGGAGAAGCUGCCCCGCUUCCGGCAGCCUGGUGACGGCAGUCUGCAGAUCAGCAGCCUGGUGCCCGACGACACUGGUAUGUUCCAGUGCUUCGCUCGCAAUGCGGCUGGCGAGGUGCAAACCUCCACCUACCUGGCCGUCACAAGCAUCGCCCCCAACAUCACCAGGGGCCCCCUGGAUAGCACGGUGAUCGAUGGCAUGUCAGUGGUGCUGGCAUGUGAGACCUCAGGAGCACCCCGGCCAGCUAUCACUUGGCAGAAAGGGGAGCGUAUCCUGGCCAGUGGCUCCGUCCAGCUGCCGCGCUUCACGCCCUUGGAGUCAGGCAGCCUGCUCAUCAGCCCCACGCACAUCUCCGAUGCUGGGACCUACACCUGCUUGGCCACCAACUCUCGUGGGGUGGAUGAGGCCUCAGCAGACCUGGUCGUUUGGGCACGGACCCGUAUCACCAGGCCACCCCAGGACCAGAGUGUCAUCAAGGGCACGCAGGCUUCCAUGGUAUGCGGAGUGACCCACGACCCCCGAGUGACCGUCAGGUACGUCUGGGAGAAGGACGGGGCUGCUCUGGGCAUGGACAACAACCCCCGUAUCCGCCUGGACAAAAACGGCUCCCUGCACGUCUCACAGACCUGGUCAGGGGACAUUGGCACAUACACCUGCCGGGUGAUCUCAGCUGGAGGCAAUGACUCUCGCAGUGCCCACCUGCGAGUCAGGCAACUGCCCCACGCCCCAGAGCACCCAGUGGCCACUCUGAGCACCACGGAGAGGAGAGCCAUCAACCUGACAUGGGCCAAGCCCUUCGACGGCAACAGCCCCCUGAUCCGCUACGUCCUGGAGAUGUCGGAGAACAAUGCCCCCUGGACUGUACUCCUGGCCAGUGUGGACCCUGAAGCCACCUCAGUGACUGUCAAGGGCUUGGUUCCCGCACGCUCCUACCAAUUCCGUCUUUGUGCCAUCAACGAUGUGGGGAAAGGACAGUUCAGCAAGGACACGGAGAGGGUCUCCCUCCCUGAGGAACCUCCCACAGCCCCUCCACAGAAUGUCAUUGCCAGUGGCCGGACCAAUCAGUCCAUCAUGAUCCAGUGGCAGCCGCCUCCUGAGAGCCACCAGAAUGGAAUCCUCAAGGGCUACAUCAUCAGGUACUGCCUGGCUGGGCUGCCUGUUGGGUACCAGUUUAAGAACAUCACGGAUGCUGAUGUCAACAACCUGCUACUGGAAGAUCUCAUUAUUUGGACCAACUAUGAGAUCGAGGUGGCUGCCUACAACAGCGCAGGACUGGGUGUCUACAGUAGCAAAGUCACCGAGUGGACGCUGCAGGGAGUUCCCACCGUCCCUCCAGGCAACGUGCACGCAGAAGCCACCAAUUCCACGACCAUCCGCUUCACCUGGAACGCCCCCAGCCCCCAGUUCAUUAACGGCAUCAACCAAGGCUACAAGCUGAUUGCCUGGGAACCGGAGCAGGAGGAGGAGGUUACCAUGGUGACUGCCCGGCCUAACUUUCAAGACAGCAUUCAUGUGGGCUUCGUGUCUGGCCUGAAGAAGUUCACGGAGUACUUCACCUCGGUGCUGUGCUUCACCACUCCCGGAGACGGGCCUCGCAGCACCCCGCAGCUGGUGCGCACCCAUGAGGAUGUGCCUGGGCCUGUGGGACACCUGAGCUUCAGUGAAAUCCUGGACACCUCUCUGAAGGUCAGCUGGCAGGAGCCAGGAGAGAAGAACGGCAUCCUCACCGGCUACCGGAUCUCCUGGGAGGAGUACAACCGAACCAACACCCGCGUGACACAUUACCUGCCCAACGUGACCCUGGAGUAUCGUGUCACAGGCCUCACUGCCCUCACCACCUACACCAUCGAGGUGGCUGCCAUGACCUCCAAGGGCCAGGGCCAGGUGUCUGCCUCAACCAUCUCAUCUGGGGUACCUCCAGAACUCCCAGGGCCCCCCACCAACCUGGGCAUCUCUAACAUUGGCCCACGCUCCGUGACCUUGCAGUUCAGGCCCGGCUAUGACGGGAAGACCUCCAUCUCCCGCUGGCUGGUGGAGGCCCAGGUGGGCAUGAUCGGAGAAGGAGAGGAGUGGCUGCUGAUUCACCAGCUCUCAGGCGAGCCUGACGCGCGCUCCAUGGAGGUGCCCAACCUCAACCCCUUCACCUACUACAGCUUCCGCAUGCGCCAGGUGAACAUCGUAGGCACGAGCCCACCCAGCCAGCCUUCUAGAAAGAUCCAGACCCUGCAGGCACCUCCUGACAUGGCCCCGGCUAAUGUGUCUCUGCGCACGGCCAGCGAGACCAGCCUGUGGCUCCGCUGGAUGCCCCUGCCAGAGAUGGAGUACAAUGGGAACCCCGAGUCGGUGGGCUACAAGAUCAAGUACAGCCGGUCAGACGGCCAUGGCAAGACACUGAGCCACAUGGUCCAGGACCGGGUGGAGAGAGAGUACACCAUCGAGGACCUGGAGGAGUGGACAGAGUACCGGGUCCAGGUCCAGGCCUUCAACGCCAUUGGCAGUGGGCCCUGGAGCCAGAUGGUGAUGGGCAGGACCCGGGAGUCAGUACCCUCCUCUGGCCCCACCAACGUGUCUGCGCUGGCCACCACGUCCAGCAGCAUGCUGGUGCGCUGGAGUGACGUCCCUGAGGCCGACCGCAAUGGGCUUGUGCUGGGCUACAAGGUGAUGUUCAAGGAGAAGGACUCAGAUGUACAGCCGCGGUCCUGGCUGGUGGAAGGCAACUCGUCCCGCAGCGCGCAGCUCACGGGCCUGGGCAAGUACGUGCUGUACCAGAUUCAGGUGCUGGCCUUCACGCGCGUCGGGGACGGCAGACCCAGCCACCCUCCCGUCCUGGAGCGGACACUGGAUGAUGUCCCAGGACCACCCGUGGGUAUCCUGUUCCCAGAGGUGAGGACCACGUCCGUGCGGCUGAUCUGGCAGCCCCCUGCGGCCCCCAACGGCAUCAUUCUUGCUUACCAGAUCACACACCGGCUCAACACCACCACAGCCAACACUGCCACGGUGGAGGUGCUGGCGCCCAGUGCCCGCCAGUACACGGCCACCGGCCUUAAGCCAGAGUCCGUCUACCUGUUCCGCAUCACAGCUCAGACCCGCAAAGGCUGGGGAGAAGCUGCCGAGGCCUUAGUGGUGACCACUGAGAAGAGAGACCGCCCGCAGCCCCCCAGCAAGCCGGUGGUGCACCAGAAGGACGUGAGAGCCCGCAGCGUGCUGCUGUCCUGGGAGCCGGGGAGUGACGGGCUGUCCCCUGUACGCUACUACACCGUCCAGACCCGCGAGCUGCCCAGCGGCAGGUGGACACUGCACUCCGCCUCCGUGAGCCACAAUGCCUCCACCUUCAUCGUGGACAGGCUCAAGCCCUUCACAUCCUACAAGUUCCGAGUGAAGGCAACCAAUGACAUUGGGGACAGCGAGUUCAGCGAGGAGUCAGAGUCGCUGACCACCCUGCAGGCCGCCCCAGAUGAAGCUCCCACCAUCCUCUCAGUGACCCCCCACACUACCACCUCCGUGCUAAUCCGAUGGCAGCCCCCAGCAGAGGACAAGAUCAACGGCAUCCUCCUGGGCUUCCGGAUCCGGUACCGGGAGCUGCUCUAUGAAGGGCUGAGGGGCUUCACACUCCGAGGCAUCAACAACCCUGCGGCCGCCUGGGCUGAGCUGACCCCCAUGUACUCCGUGCGCAACCUGAGCCGGCCCAGCCUCACGCAGUACGAGCUGGACAACCUGACUAAGCACAGGCGAUAUGAGAUAAGGAUGAGCGUGUACAACACCGUGGGCGAGGGGCCCCCCAGCCCCCCUCAGGAGGUCUUUGUCGGGGAGGCAGUGCCCACAGCAGCACCCCGCAACGUGGCCGCCCACGGGGCCACAGCCACGCAGCUGGACGUGACAUGGGAACCACCCCCGCUGGACAGCCAGAAUGGAGACAUCCAGGGGUACAAGAUCUAUUUCUGGGAAGCCCAGCGUCCGAACCUCACGGAGCGGGUGAAGACGCUUUUCCUGGCUGAGAACAGUGUGAAGCUCAAAAACCUGACUGGCUACACUGCCUACAUGGUCAGCGUGGCAGCCUUCAAUGCUGCUGGGGAUGGGCCUCGGAGCACCCCCACCAGGGGCCAGACCCAGCAAGCAGCCCCCAGUGCUCCCCGCUUGGUCAGGUUCAGCGAGCUGACCACAACCUCCGUGAACGUUUCCUGGGAAGCCCCGCAGUUCCCCAAUGGCAUCCUGGAGGGCUACAGGCUGGUGUAUGAGCCCUGCACCCCUGUGGACGGAGUCAGCAAGAUAGUGACAGUGGACGUGAAGGGGAGCAACCCUCUGUGGCUGAAGGUGAAGGACCUGGCAGAGGGGAUGACCUAUAGGUUCCGCAUCAGAGCCAAGACCUUCACCUACGGGCCGGAGAUUGAAGCCAACGUCACCACAGGCCCAGGAGAAGGUGCCCCGGGGCCGCCCGGAGUGCCCGUCAUCGUGAGGUACAGCUCAGCCAUUGCCAUCCACUGGUCCAGCGGAGACCCCGGCAAAGGGCCCAUCACCCGCUACGUCAUAGAGGCCAGGCCUUCAGAUGAGGGGCUGUGGGACAUCCUCAUCAAGGACAUCCCCAAGGAGGUGAGCUCCUACACGUUCAGCAUGGACAUCCUGAAGCCGGGUGUGAGCUACGACUUCCGAGUCAUCGCAGUCAAUGACUAUGGCUUCGGCACCCCCAGCAGCCCCUCCCAGUCUGUUCCAGCCCAGAAAGCCAACCCCUUCUACGAGGAGUGGUGGUUCUUGGUGGUCCUCGCCCUGGUUGGCCUCAUCUUCAUUCUGCUUCUGGUCUUUGUGCUCAUCAUCCGUGGCCAGAGCAAGAAGUACGCCAAGAAGACAGACGCAGGGAACAGUGCCAAGUCUGGAGCCCUAGGCCAUGGGGAGAUGAUGAGCUUGGAUGAAAGCAGUUUCCCUGCCCUGGAGCUGAACAACCGGCGACUCUCUGUCAAGAACUCCUUCUGCCGGAAGAACGGCCUGUACACCAGAUCUCCUCCCCGGCCCAGCCCAGGCAGCCUCCACUACUCCGAUGAGGAUGUCACUAAAUACAAUGACCUCAUCCCCGCAGAGAGCAGCAGCCUGACGGAGAAGCCCUCAGAAAUCUCCGACUCUCAGGGAAGUGACAGUGAGUACGAGGUCGAUUCAAGCCACCAGAAGGCCCACUCUUUUGUGAACCACUACAUCAGCGACCCCACUUAUUACAACUCAUGGCGGCGGCAGCAGAAAGGCAUCUCACGGGCCCAGGCAUACAGUUACACGGAGAGCGACUCGGGCGAGCCGGACCACACCACCAUCGCCAACAGCAACAGCACCCAGCAGGGCAGCCUCUUCCGGCCCAAGGCCAGCCGGACUCCAACGCCCCAAAACCCCCCGAACCCCCCAAGUCAGCAGAGCACCCUCUACCGUCCCCCCAGCAGCCUCGCUCCUGGUUCCCGGGCUCCCAUAGCAGGAUUUUCAUCAUUUGUUUGACAACAGAAGAGAAAAAAAAAAGAAAGAAAAACCAAGCUCCUCCCUCACUCCUCCUCCCACUGCCUGCCAGAAAACAAAAACACCAAGAAACCAAGUCAACUCUUCACCUCCCAAGUUUAUUUGUCCAGAAAUUCCAGGACCAGCAAAGCCAGUGUUGAGAAGGGGGAGAAAACCAUGAAGAGUGUGGCCAGUGGUUAUUCCGCCAGAUCGGGGCUUCCCUGCUCCUUUGGGAAUUGCACAGAGCUGGGGAGUGGCCAUGUCCCUGCCUUGCGGGCACCAAAUGGGUUGGGCCCCUGGAGAGAGAGGGGGAGAGAAAGCAAAGGACCGGAGGGCUGUCAGGAGGUCAUGGCUGAGGGAGGUAGAAGCUUCUGGACAUCCAGCCAGCUGCCCGCUUCUAACGUGUGCUGGAAGUCCGGGUCAGCUGCUGUAGCUCCUGUGCAAAAAAGAUGGGCGUUCCCAGAGGCAAAUCCUGCCUUCUCUCUGCCCCCACCUCUCCUUCCCUGCGCCAUCCCCAUGGCUGGCAGGCAUCAGAUGGCCGUGCCCAAAUACCUGCCCUGUCUCGGCAGCCUCUUCUGCCUGCCUCCCUGACUCAGCUUCUCCACAAGCAUUUGGUUUAUUUAGAAAAAGGAAAAAACAAAAACAAAAAAAACUAAAGGGUAAGAAUUUGCUUAGCUACUUCCUUGUUCCUGCAUUUAUUUUUUAAAUUGUGAAUCAAAGGAAAAGGGCCCUGAGGGCUGAGGGACACUUCCCCCAGGACUGAACCCGGCCUCCUUUUGCUGGAAUUCACUUUCCUGAGCAAGGACUAGGAGAGGUGAAGGCUUGGGGUUUGGGGGGAGGGCAUGGGUGUAAGGUGGCUGCCUGGAGACUAUGGGAAAAUGCAUUGCAGGAAAUCAGGAAGAUGAGAUUGAAGCUUUGACUGUUCUCUUCCUUCCAAUCCAGGUACUACCUUUCCCAUUCUUAAAUGAGGAGGAAAAUGGGAGCUGCUAAAACAAGGAAAUUAGGCUUGCCUAGGGUGGGGAGCUAGGGGGCUGAGGAACCUCCACCUGAGCAGAUAUCACUAUCCCCUGGAUAGGUAUGUUCCUGCCAACAUACACGCACACACACCCCUCCCAUGCAUUUGCAAGGGAAAAAAGUCUGUGGAUCCUCUCCAAAAGAAAUCCCUCUGGGUCCUCAUUUUCAGAUCUAUGUCCCUUUUUCUCUGAACCCACAGCCUCCUAAGCACAGAGGCACAGGAGCCCAGCGAGGAGGCCAGGCUGGUGCAGAGUCUGGGGCACCCAGAGUUCUCCGGGCUGUCCUCCGCCCAGCCAGGGCUGGGAACGCUGAAGGGUAGUUCAGGAAGCCCAGUUCAAGAUGCACAGCCAGGCCAACAAGAUGCACAGCCAGGCCAGGCCAGGUCAGAUGGGACCGAGGGACCAGAAUAGCUGGUGGGAGGGAAAACUUUUACACACACAAACCGUGCCAAGGAAUGUUCUUUAAAAAGCCACUUCUGGUGGCCUGGAUCUUCCCACCCACUUAGUCCUUCCGGACACAGGGGUUUGGGGAGGAGCCUCUCUGAUUCCCCUGGCUGUCCAAGGCCCCUCUACAAUCCUGGCCAGCCCUGGGAAGCUGGCCCGAGGCCCACUGGGGAUGAGUAGGAGACGCAGGGCUCCCUGGAUGUGCUCAGCACAGACCCUGUUGGCCCCGCUGAGGGGAGGGAGAUUUCAGAAGCAAACCAAAGUGGGGAGAGAGCCUGCAUCUCCACACACACACACACACACACACACACGUGCACACACCCUCAUACCAGCCCCAAAUCAGACACUGCGUAAUGGUGACUAAGGAAAGAAGUCAGGGUCCAGGCCCAGGAAAGGGUGCACCCAGCCAUAGGCUUUUCCCAACACACUUGGCCCCCAGGAAACGUGCACUGGGAUAUGUUGAAAGGCAAGGCAGCUCCACAGACAGGCUGACCCAGCUCCAGGGCUCCAUCAGUGGUUUCUCCACCAAAGGGGUCGUGGAAGGAAUGCUUCCCCCAGGGGAGGUCAAAGGGCUGAGGUUUUGCUCCUUCAGGAACUAAGGUGCUUCAGGGCCCCUCUGACCUGUUAGCUGGACACCCCACCCCCACCCCGCCAGCCCCCGCGGCCCCUCUGCAGCAUCUGGCAUCUCCAUAGCAGCACAUCUGCAGCUGCCCACCUGAGCACGUGCUGUGCUUUCUUUUCUCUCAUUUUUUAUUUUUUAACAACUUCAUUCUUUUCCCUAUCUUCCAAGUGUGUAACCAUUUAAGGACGUUCUCAGUUUGCAUUAGGGAAUUAUUUUAUCCCAGCCAGUGCAGGAUUUGGCAGGGAGGAGGGAGGGGUGAGUAAAAACGUCGUGUUGUGUGUGUAUAAACUGCACAUGAGGCCGAUUUUCCUUUGCCUUUAAUGAACCAUUUGGUGCACUAAGAUUUUCCUCCACCCUCUCCUCACACACUCACGUGCAUCCGUGCCAAUGCGUGUGUGCACAUGCAGUGAGGUGCAGGUGCACAGCUGUGCUCAUGAAGUGCACACACAGAUAUACACAGAUCACACACACCUAUGAAUGUGAGCAAAGAGGCUCUUGCAACUCCCUCUGAUAGCCCAAGCUGUGUCCCCCGAGGAGGCAUGGGCGGCCUGGGUCACUUGCACCUGGGGAUCUGUUGUCUGAGAGGGCAAGGACUCUGUGCCAACCAGAAUCUAAGAUGAGUGCAUGAGGUCAAAAUUAAAGCCCCACACUUAGCCAGUGCCCACCCAUCUGAAAUAUUGCCUCCACCACCCCAGCCACAUCUGGAAGCCCCAGUUUCCAGCUGUGAAACUCUAGAGUCUUUAAGAAGACAUGUCUUUGCCCUUGUUUACAUAUCUGCUGGGGGGAAGUGGAGGUUCCCAGCCCUCCUCCCAGACCUCUGGCCACAUUAGAAAGUGGCGGUGGGCACUGCCCAUGGAUAAUGUGGAGUCUUCUUGGCCUUUGAUUUCCUGAGCCAACAAUGCCAGGGCCCUGCUCGUAUGACUUCACCAGAAGCAGGGUUUCCGCCAGGACACACCGGGCACCCUUGGCAUUGCCUCAUUGUGCCCUAAGGAAAUCUCCCAGUGUGGCACCCAGGAACCCAGGCUGGGCACACCAGGGCUGCUCUUUCACCCUCCUGGCUGCGCCUCCGGAGUUCACGUCAUUGCUACACCCAGACUGCCGAGAGAAACCAAAAAAAACUGCUGUGGGCUCCGGAAGCACCUUCCUCCAAGGGUUCCAGGGAGUUUGCAGACCCAGGCUGCCUCCCCGUGUUCUCCCCUCCCAUAACAGUUCCUACCCUAAACCUGACACUGCCAAGAUUCAGAGGAAACAAGGGCACAGCGGGACUGCCCCGCACAGCGCAUGCUGCCUUGAGGCCUUCUGUUGCUGCCCACAUCUCCCUGGGCAGCGCUUCUAAAGGUGCCAGAGCCUCACCAUAGCGUCACUCUGGCUGGGUGGGGGCUUUCCCUCCCCUUCCCAGAGUGCACAUCUGACGGUGCCUCCACUGGCGGGGAGGCCAGUGGGCAGGAGAUGGAGAGGAAGACCCUCUGAGCAGCCACCACCCACUCCCUGGUGCCUCUGUGUGGCCCCUGGCUGGGGCGCCCGUGGACAUGUGCACACAGCACCCCUGAGCACCUGAGCACAGGUGACCCCUUGGGACCACCUCCCCUUCUCUUUGUUUCCAUAAGAAUGACCAAAAGCAUUUAAAUGUGUUACCUUUCCUCACCCCUACAGACUCCAAACAAACAAAAAAAUUCAACACAAAUCUUUAUUUUUUGAUUUAAAAGAUAUAAUGAAAAAUUACGGGGAGAAUAUUCGUUAUGGCAGGUGUCUAUCUGUAAUAAAAAAUAUAUAUAUAUCUAUGUCAUAUAGCUCGUUAGCAGGUUUAUUUUUUAAAUGAAAGGUAAGAAAGAAAUUGGUUUGAAAUAUACCAUGAGAAGUGCCAUGUCCUGUCAAACUGUCAGUAUUUUAUAAAUAAACUCUUUUGUUUUGGAA